AUGAGCGUGAUGCUUCAGACCCCUUCGCGGGCUUCAACAGCCUCCUCUUCCUCCUUCCAACCAGUCUCGCGCCAGAAUACCAUGUCGUCCCACGAUGGAGGAAGGUCGGUCCGCCAGUCGAAGCGCCAUUCCAUGACCACGCUGUACAUGUCCAUGUCUGCAAAUGAGAGGGAUUUGGAGAUUGAAGAUGAUCUUGCCAAAGCCCAGAAGGUCCUGCGUGACCUCAAAGCGAAGAUUUCCUCGCAGUCAAAGAAGAAUUUCGUAUUGGAGAAGGACGUCAGAUACCUUGAUUCUCGGAUAGCCUUGUUGAUCCAGAAUCGGAUGGCACUGGAAGAGCAAAACGAAGUCGCAAGUCAUCUCGAAGACGCCACGGAAUUACAAGAGGGUACCUUUCCAAACGACGAGAAGACACAAAAAUAUGGCAAUCUCCUCUUCUUGCUACAGUGCGAACCGAGACACAUCGCACAUCUCUGUCGUCUGGUCACCAUGGCGGAGAUUGACUCUUUACUUCAGACCGUCAUGUUCACAAUCUAUGGAAACCAGUAUGAGAGUCGUGAGGAACAUCUUCUCUUGACCAUGUUUCAAUCUGUAUUGACCUACCAAUUCGAUAACACGCCUGAGUAUUCCUCUCUUCUACGCGCGAAUACCCCCGUAUCUCGGAUGAUGACCACCUAUACGCGGAGAGGUCCUGGACAAAGCUAUCUCAAGACGGUGCUGGCUGAUCGGAUCAACGGACUCAUCGAGUUGAGGGAUCUAGACCUUGAGAUCAACCCCCUGAAGGUCUACGAACGGAUGAUUGAGCAGAUCGAAGAGGAUACUGGAAACGUACCGUCUUCUCUGCCUCGAGGGAUUACUGCGGAGCAAGCAGCAGAAAACCCGCAGGUCCAAGCAAUCAUUGAACCGAGGUUGACAAUCUUGAUGGAAAUUGCAAACGGAUUCUUGUCAACGAUCAUCCAAGGCCUGGAAGAGACCCCGUAUGGCAUUCGAUGGAUCUGCAAGCAGAUCCGGAGUCUGACGAAACGCAAAUACCCGGAUGCGAACGAUCAGGUGAUCUGUACCUUGAUCGGAGGUUUCUUCUUCCUGCGAUUUAUCAACCCUGCGAUCGUCACCCCGAAAUCGUACAUGUUGAUCGAUGGCACCCCUGCCGAGCGGCCCCGGAGGACUCUGACUCUGAUCGCGAAGAUGUUGCAGAACCUCGCGAACAAGCCUUCGUACGCCAAGGAACCUUAUAUGGCUAAACUUCAACCCUUCAUUCAGGAGAAUAAGGAGCGGGUGAACAAGUUCAUGCUCGACCUCUGUGAGGUGCAGGAUUUCUACGAAAGCUUGGAAAUGGACAACUAUGUUGCCCUCUCUAAGAAGGAUCUCGAGCUUUCUAUUUCUCUCAACGAAGUGUACGCUACGCACGCCUUGCUUGAGAAGCACAGCGCCGAGCUGAACAAGGAUGAGAACUCCCAUCUCGCCGUGAUCCUGAAUGAGCUUGGACCCGCACCGCCACUGCUGCCUCGCAAAGAGAACAGAGCGAUCAACUUGCCCCUCUUCAGCAAGUGGGAGACGGCCAUCGAUGACUUGACUGCCGCUCUCGAUAUCACCCAAGAGGAGAUAUACUUCAUGGAGGCCAAAUCGACCUUUGUCCAGAUUAUGCGAUCUAUACCGUCCAAUAGUGCUGUGGCUCGCCGACCUCUGCGCCUUGAACGGGUCGCUGAUGCGGCAGCUACGUCACGAAACGAUGCCGUGAUGGUGCGGAAAGGAAUCCGGGCAAUGGAGCUCCUUAGCCAGCUGCAAGAGCUUCAGGUUAUUGACAAGUCUGACCAUUUCAGCCUUCUCCGGGAUGAAGUUGAGCAAGAACUACAGCAUCUCGGCUCACUCAAGGAGGGCGUCAUCCAGGAGACUCAAAAAUUGGACCAGGUCUUCAAGACCAUCCGAGAUCACAACGCCUACCUAGUCAACCAACUCGAGACGUACAAGAGUUACCUGCAUAAUGUUCGAAGCCAGAGCGAGGGCACCAAGCGGAAAACACAGAAACAUCAGGUUCUGGGGCCGUAUAAAUUCACACAUCAAGAUUUGGAGAAGCAGGGUGUUAUUCAAAAGAGUAACGUGCCGGACAAUCGGAGGGCUAACAUAUAUUUCAAUUUCACGAGCCCUCUGCCCGGUACAUUUGUCAUAUCUCUUCACUACAAAGGGCGUAAUCGGGGACUUCUUGAACUCGAUCUGAAGCUGGACGACUUACUCGAGAUGCAGAAGGACGGCCAAGAAGAUCUCGAUCUCGAAUACGUGCAGUUCAACGUCCCGAAGGUUCUUGCCCUUCUGAACAAGCGCUUUGCGAGAAAGAAGGGCUGGUAA